AUGGGUGUGCAGUUGAAUAUUGGGGUUAUAUCAUUGUUACUUUUGUUCACUUCAACUGCUAAAGCUCAAUCUGAUGUUUUCGAUGUAGUUGCCAGGUAUGGCGCAAAGGCUGACGAGGAGACAGAUUUGAGGCAGCCUUUGCUGGAUGCUUGGAAAGAAGCCUGUGAAUCGACAGCUCCAAGCAAAAUUGUGAUUCCUGAAGGAUCGUACUUGUUAAGCCAAGCAGCCUUGGAAGGUCCUUGCAAGGCUCCCAUUGAGCUUCAGGUUCAGGGCACCGUGAAGGCUCCGGCAGAUCCUAGCGCUUUCAAGGAGCCUAAUUGGGUUGUCUUCAACCGCCUUGAUCAGUUUACAGUGUCUGGGGGUGGAGUUUUUGAUGGCCAAGGAGCCACUACUUGGGGCAAGAACGAUUGUGUUAAAAACAAAUAUUGCGCCGCACUUCCCAUUAAUUUAAGGUUCAAUUUUGUGAGCAACGCUAUGAUACAAGACAUAACUACCAAAGACAGCAAACAGUUUCACGUAAAUGUUCUGGGGUGCAAAAACAUCUCUUUCCUACGUUUCACCGUCUCCGCACCUGAAGACAGCCUGAACACGGAUGGAAUCCACAUCGGACGAUCAGAAGGGGUCAACAUUACUAACACAGUCAUUAAAACCGGUGAUGAUUGCGUUUCUUUGGGUGAUGGUAGCAAGAAUGUGAUCGUCCAUGGAGUAACCUGCGGGCCAGGUCAUGGCAUCAGUGUGGGCAGUCUUGGAAAGUUCCAAGAUGAAGAACCAGUUGCUGGAGUUCAAGUCUCCAAUUGCACACUCACUAACACUCAAAAUGGUGUAAGAAUCAAAAGUUGGCCAGCCUCCUAUCCGGGCACGGCAUCAGAUAUGCUUUUUGAAGAUAUUACCAUGAAUAAUGUCGGUAAUCCUAUCCUCAUCGACCAACAAUACUGCCCAUGGAAUCAAUGCAAUUUAAAGCUUCCAUCACGUAUUAAACUGAGCAACAUUAGCUUCAAGAACAUUCGGGGCACUUCUUCAACUCAGCAAGCUGUCAAGCUUAUUUGCAGCAGCGGUUUGCCAUGCGAGGGAGUGGAACUCGCUGACAUUGACAUUACAUACAGCGGACCUGAAGGACCUGCAACAUCCCAAUGUGCCAAUGUCAGUCCCAAACUCAGUGGCAAACAGAACCCGUCAGCAUGUUCCAGCCCUGCCUAA